AUGAUACACCACAUUGCAAGGAACCAAUGGGGCAUAAGUCCAAAGCACUGUAAGCUAAUAUAUACUGGUGCAAUCGAACCGGCGCUGCUUUAUGCGGCCCAGAUUUGGGGGCAUAGGGCAAACCUGGUUCACUUAAAAAGAAAACUCCUCUCGGUCCAGAGAUCCUUCGCUAUCAGGAUUUGCCGCGCUUACCGCACGGCGCCCACCGACGCCCUGCUGGUUAUUGCCAACAUCACACCGAUACCUAUUAAAAUAAAUAGCAUAAUUUGGACCCGAAACCUUAUAAAAAACAACCCCAAUAAUCAAGUUAGAGAUAAUCCGCAAUCCCAAACCAUCAAUAUCAACACCUUAAACCAGGUGGAGGACCAAGAGAUAAUAGAUCAGAUAAUUAUUAACAAAAUUGACAGCCAUAUAAACAGUACCACCGGCCACGGUCACCCAGCCGAUAGCAAUAACACUAACAUAAUCAUGAAUGAAGAAAGUAAUCAUACCAAGCAUGAUUGGGAGAUUUAUACUGAUGGCGCAAAAAACAGUAAAGGGACUGGUGCGGCAAUGGUAAUCUACAAUAAUCAAACUGGCUCUACCGCUCACGAAGAAUAUUACAAGUUGGCGGACCAUUGCUCAAUCAACCAGGCGGAACUCUGGGCCAUGGAAAAAACACUACACUUCAUAACUAGUAACAUCAAAAAGCUCAAAGGCUCAAUCAAAAUCAACACAGACAGCCGCUACGUCCUUAACUGUAUAAAAGGAACCAAAAAGAACACCGCUACUGGAGUUAACAUCCAAUAUCUUGCAAGAAUCUUAAGUAAACUUAAAUAUCUCACCUUCAGUUGGGUACCGGGGCAUUCUGGGUCCCGGGGAAACGAGAGAGCAGACGUGCUGGCAAAAAGAGCUACAAGCAGCAACCAACUCACUAUAUCUUUUAGCAAAUUACCACAAAGUUAUAUCCGCAGCUAUAUACAGAAGAAAGUCAUAAAAGAAUGGCAAAACAACUGGUCCAACUCUUCUACAGGAAGACUUACUCACCUCUUCCUCCCCUCCAUCUCCUGCCGCCAAAAAAUGACCCAUAUCACCCCUUCUUACGCAAUGACACAAUUACUAACUGGACAUGGUAACCUCCCAAGUUACCUAUACCGAUUCAAGAAAAGGGAUGAUAACCACUGCAUCUGUGACAACAUUUCAACGGGUGACGUCAGCCACAUCCUGGAGGACUGCCCACUGUACGAUACCCAAAGGGACAAACUAAAAUCUCUAUGCACCCAAAUGGGUAAAUGCUGGCCACCACCCUGGGAAUUCUACUGUGAAACCAAGGAAGCCUAUGGCCAUCUGGAGACAUUUGUUAAAGAGUGUGGUAUCUUCGACCAUUAAUCAGAAGAGGAGGCUUGUUGUCAACCCUGUUCUUAAACCUUACUUGGUGCUACAGGACUUUAUCUUAUUGUCGGGCCCCUGUUCGGAUGGGGAAUGUUUGUUCUGGAAUCACCCCAUGCUCGGUAUUUGGGAAUUAUCUCCCCCCUCUAAAAGAGGAGCUGUAUGUAAAAAAAUAAUAGCCAUGUACUCUGUUCAUUGUGAGUUUCUGUUAACCCCCAUUGUAUUACCCCUUUAUUAUAAAUGUAACGAUGUACCUUACCAGCUGAUACUGUAACUGACGCUGCAGAAAUUGUAACAUAACUCACUCUACUAACGCAGCAUCAAUCCAAAUUGGACUCUGCUUCUAUUGUAUUUGUUGUAACUGAUUGUAUU